AUGAAUCCAUUGGCAACCAUCUUAGACAAGGAUAAAUGCACUGGCCCAAAUUUUCUUGAUUGGCGUCGAAAAUUGAGGGUGGUUCUCAAUUCCGAACGCAUUGGCUAUGUGUUGGAUAAUGAACCACCAAAGCCUUUGGCUGACGAAGCUACUGCUGAAGAGAGACAAACCCAUAAGAAAUGGGAAGAUGAUGAGCUCAAAGUAAGAAGCUAUAUAAAAGCUUCUUCGAGCUCACAACUAUUGGAACAAUAUGAGAAGAUGAAUUCUUCAUCAGACAUAAUGAAUCAUCUACAAGAGUUGUAUGAUGAGAGCAGCUUAACUGUUAGUUAUAAAGUAACUAGCAACUCUUCAGAAUGA